CUUGACUUUGAGAUUUUCCUUGCAUCGACUUCGCAUCCACCAUGGCAGGCUCAGCGAUGCGUGGAGAUAUCAAGACGCUCGACCACGACAGCGGCUCGGACCCACGAAAGGAGAUGGAAUCGUCCGACGAGCCCAUCACGGCGUACGAUCCACAUGCCUUCAUCCAGGCAUUCAAGCAAUCAGGAGCCGGACUCGACGCCGACAUGCCCACGCAAGCAGAACAUACUAAGAUAGAAGUAUGGCACGAUGGCAAACCAAGUCUGGAGGAAUAUAAAGGCUCGGAGCAACUGAAGAACAAGAAGGUCAUCGUCACCGGUGGUGAUAGCGGCAUCGGACGAUCAGUCGCCAUCUUUAUGGCGCGUGAAGGCGCAGACGUGACGAUAGUCUACUUGCCGGAAGAAGAAAAGGAUGCCGUCACAACGGAGGAGCUGAUCAAGGCCGCCGGUCAAAAGUGCCUGCGUUUGCCCGGCGACUUGACCCAGCUCGACUUUGUAGAGUCUGUGAUCGAGAAGCACAUGAAAGAGUACGGAGCCUUGGACGUGCUAGUCAACAACGCAUCACAACAGAUACAGUGCAAGGAUAUCAAGGACAUUGAUCCCGCGAAUGUCGAGUCGACGCUCAAGACAAAUGUCUGGUCCAUGAUCGUUCUCACCAAGUUUGCCCUCAAGCACAUGAAGCGCGGUGCCAGUAUAGUCAACUCGUCGUCCGUCACAGCCUACAAGGGCAGCGGAGGCAUGCUCGACUAUGCUUCCACAAAGGGAGCCAUCAUCUCUUUCACAAAGUCCCUGGCAUUGCAGCUCUUGCCCCAAGGCAUCACCGUCAAUGCAGUCGCACCCGGCCCAGUACUCACUCCAUUGCAACCCGCGAGUCGCGAAGCAGACCAAAUGAAAGGCUGGGGCAUAGGUGACGGGGCCAUCGGCGUGCGCGGAAGAGUCGCUCAGCCGGCAGAACUUGGCGCAGCAUACAUCUGGUGCACGGGAAAACAGGGCAGCUUCAUGACCGGUCAAGCCAUUCACGUCAACGGUGGACAAUAUUUCGCUUGAGCUCCCGCUCUCGCCACAUAUCAAUCGACCAUCACAUGACGCAAACGCACACGCAAACGAUAUGAAGACGUCGCACGAAAUGCAUUACAUCUCUAUGCACGGAGACUAAUGUGAGAUAGCUUCUGACGCUCGGCAUGCCUUGGGAAAGGAGAGGCAGCAGAGUUCUAACUGAAUCUCUUCCAUCUUCGCUGACCUUGAAUCACCUCGUCGAGAGUAAAGAUGCUCUUGCGAGGUACUGUCUAUAUAAGGUGCGACCUCAGUCGAUAAGUCGUGAUAGAGUGUGCUGAACCUCGGUUACGAAUUUUUUUUUCAUGAACGGUCUGGACAGGUAGACGGUGCCCAGUUGCAUGGCAGUAGCGUAUGAUAGCUUUGCGGACUAGAUCGACUCACAUGCAUCUCGGCCAUCGAGCACCUGGGGCAGAGCUGAAGGUCACUGAAGUGUGGCAGGGCGG